UGUUGCUUGUGUGUGGCUGGCCAGGAAUUCCAGGCUCACAAAGCCAUCUUAGCAGCUCGCUCUCCAGUUUUCAUGACGUUGUUGGAACAUGAAAAUCAAGGGAGCAAAAAGAAUCGUGUUGAAAUCAGUGACAUUGAUCCUGAAGUUUUUAAGGAAAUGAUAUACUUUAUGUACACUGGAAAGACACCAAACCUAGGGAUCAUGGCAACUGAACUGCUGGAGGCUGCAACCAGGUUUGUUCUGGAUCGCCUGAAGCUCAUGUGUGAGAACCACCUGUGCAGCAACCUCUCUGUGGAGAAUGCCGUGGAAAUCCUCAUCUUGGCUGACCUCCACAGUGCACAUCAGUUGAAAACCCGGACACUGGAUUUCAUCAAUUGUUAUGUUUCUGACAUCCUGGAGACCUCUGGGUGGAAGAUCAUGGUGGUGUCACACCGUCACUUGGUGGCCGAAGCC